CCCGCGGGCUGCCGGCCGGGAAGCGGAACCCGGAAGCGGCGGCGGCGUUGCCAUGGCGACCGCGGCCUAGCGGGGCCCGCCAUGUCCUUCAAGCGCGACGAGAGCGACCCGGGGCCGCUGCGGGCGCUGCAGAGGCGCCGCGUGGCCGAGCUGCUGGCCAGUGCCAUCCCCGAGGACGAGGCGCUGCUGCUGCGCGACGGCCGGCUGGCGUGCUCGCUGUGUCCCCAGCGCCCCGUGUGUGACACUCUGCAGACACUGCUGCUGCACCGGGCGGGCCGCAAGCACCUGGACAGCGCCGCUGCUGGCCCGGACGCGCCGCCUGGCCCGGAGCGCGCUGCUGCCAUCGGCACCGUACAGCGGCUGCUGCCGGAGAGCGACGAAGGGCAGCAGUUCCCGGGCCGGGAUGCCAGGGGUGAUCCCGAAAAAUUCCCAGACGCCGCCGGAGCCCUCCUGGAACCCCGGGAAUUCCAGAAAUUCCGAAACCCCCAGCCCCGCACACACAGACGGCAUUCCCAAGGACAGGAAACGGGGAAGGAAAGGAAAUUCCCGGAUUUCCGAAGGGCCAGAAGGAAAUUCCCGAUGUUCCGAAGGGCCGAGCCCGGAGCAGCUGCGGAUCCUGCGGCACCACCUGCACCUGCGCAGCCGGGGCUGGCUCCAGGAUGCUGCUGGGAAUUGGGUGAAGGACGGGAACGCCGAGUUCGACUCCGACGAGGAGGAGCCGCCCCCGCUGCCGCCGGCCUGACGUCCCCACGUGUCCCCAGGUGUCCCCACAUGUCCCCACGUGUCCCCAGGUGUCCCCACAUGUCCCCAGGUGUCCCCAGAGCGCCGGGAAUAAAGGGGGAAUUUUUUUGGACCAUUUUUCCGCUUUAUUCCCGGCGGUCCCUGAGAUCGGGGCGGGCACAGGGGAGUUUUUAGGAUUUCUUCUGUUGGCGACCUGAGGGGAGAGAAAAGGGGGGGUCAGGGGUGGGACCCCAAAGUCCUGCCCCGAGGGGACACUUGGGGACACUUGGGGACACCUUGGGGACACCUGGGGACCCCUGGGGACACUUGGGGACCCCUGGGUGCCCCGGGCACUCACGCAGCUCGCUGUUGCGGGUGAGGGCGGCGGCGGCGCGCGCCCGCGGGCCCUGCUGGCUGAAGGUGUAGCCGAAGCGCAGCAGGGACGGGCACUGCUCCAGGGUGGCCGCCAUGGCCAUCUCCACCGUGUCCCCCAUGCGCUGGCACUGCGGGGACAUGGGGGACAGGCUGUGUCAGUGUCACCGCCCAGCACUGCGGGGACAUGGGGGACAGGCUGUGUCAGUGUCACUGCCCCAUCUCCACCGUGUCCCCCAGGUCUGGCACUGCGGGGACAUGGGGGACAGGCUGUGUCAGUGUCACAGCCCCAUCUCCACCGUGUCCCCCAGGCGCUGGCACUGCGGGGACAUUGGGGACAGGCUGUGUCAGUGUCACCGCCCCAUCUCCACCGUGUCCCCCAGGCGCUAGGCACUGCGGGGACAUUGGGGACAGUCAGGUCACUGUCACCUCCCCUGCUGUCCCCGCUGUCACCUGGUUGUCCACGCGCAGCUCGCUGAGGGUCGGGCAGUGCCCGAUGGCGGCCAGCAGCCGCAGCAUGCCCGCGCUGGUGAUGAAGUUGGA